AUGGUUUGCUGCUGGGUCGAUGCUCCGGAUUCCGAAGCAUUUAAAUGCCAUCUCUCGCGGAUCAAAGAUUAUUUGUGGGUGGCUGAAGAUGGAAUGAAAAUGCAGGGAUACAAUGGAUCUCAGCUAUGGGAUGUGGCCUUAGCGGUCCAAGCAAUCUUGGCGACGAAUUUGGUUGAUGAAUAUGGCAUGAUGCUUAAGAGAGCCCAUAACUUCAUCAAGAACACUCAAAUAAGGUGCGAACAUCUGGGGUUGUGGUACCGACACCAGUCCAAGGGAGGAUGGGGUUUCUCCACUGCAAACAAUUCAUGGCCUGUCUCUGACUGUACUGCUGAAGCCUUGAAGGCGGCAUUGCUAUUGUCGCAGCUUCCCGUUAAUCUGGUUGGAGAAGCCAUGCCUGAUGAGCAUUUAUUUGAUGCUGUUGACUUUAUCUUAUCAUUACAGAACAAGAAUGGCGGAUUUGCGACCUACGAGCUUACUAGAUCAUAUCCUUGGCUAGAGGUGAUCAAUCCAUUAGACAGUUUUGGAGACAUCAUCAUAGAUUACCAAUACGUAGAAUGCACAUCGGCUGCAAUCCAAGGCCUCUUUCUAUUCACAAGGAUCAAUCUGAUCUAUAAGAGGAAAGAGAUACUGAGAUGCAUCAAGAAAGCAGUUGAGUUUAUUGAGCAAACACAGCUUCCUGAUGGUUCAUGGUACGGCUCGUGGGCAGUGUGUUUCACCUAUGCGACAUGGUUUGGGAUCAAAGGCUUGUUGGCUGGUGGUAAAACAUAUGAGACUAGUGUUUGUAUCAGAAAGGCUUGUGAUUUCUUACUCUCCAAGCAACUUCCUUGUAGUGGUUGGGGAGAGAGUUACCUCUCAUGCCAAAACAAAGUAUACACGAAUCUUCCAGGGAACAGAUCGCAUAUCGUGAACACAUCAUGGGCGGUUCUGGCUCUAAUUGAAGCAGGACAGGCUAGUAGAGACCCAAUGCCAUUGCACCGCGGGGCAAAAUCACUGAUUAAUUCACAGAUGGAAGAUGGAGACUACCCACAACAGGAGAUAAUGGGAGUUCUCAAUCGAAAUUGUAUGCUCAGUUUCUCGGCUUAUAGAAACGUAUUUCCCAUUUGGGCUCUCGGAGAAUACCGCAAUCUCAUACUAUCUUCAUCUGUAUUAUCAAACUAA